UUGAUUAUAUAAUACUCACUGAAUUCGGUUUUGUUCAAAGUCCUUGACUUCCAAGGCAGCAGCCCUUUGUCGUCAUCUUAAUUCUUAUAUUGUUUCUUUGCAUUUGCCGAUAUAUUUUUGUUCUUUCCUCCCAAAUCUAUUUUUUCUCUUCUUCCCACUUCCCUCAAAAAUUUCCAUCAAUUUUCCAGUUGUGAAUUCCUAGAGAGACAAAGAAAUGCAGUUUAAAUGUUUCAGCUGUUUUCUCUGUGAUAAAGAGCAAUCCGAGAUACAAAACGAGAAGGAGAAGAAGAAAAGGGACUAUCCAUGGGAAAUAUACACCUUGAAGGAGUUGCUUCGUGCAACAAACAAUUUCCAUCAAGAUAAUAAGAUAGGAGAGGGUGGAUUUGGAAGUGUUUAUUGGGGUCGAACAAGUAAAGGCGUCGAGAUCGCAGUGAAGCGGUUGAAGAUGAUGACUGCAAAGGCAGAGAUGGAGUUUGCAGUGGAAGUGGAAGUACUAGGAAGGGUGAGGCAUAAGAAUUUGUUGGGGUUGCGUGGAUUCUAUGCAGGAGGUGAAGAAAGGUUAAUUGUGUAUGAUUACAUGUCUAAUCACAGUUUGCUCAAUCAUUUGCAUGGUCAACUUGCCAAAGAUUGUUUGUUAGAUUGGCCUAGAAGAAUGAGCAUAGCAAUUGGAGCAGCUGAAGGCUUGGUGUAUUUGCACCAUGAGGCAAAUCCUCACAUCAUUCAUAGAGACAUAAAAGCAAGCAAUGUUCUUUUAGACUCUGAAUUUGAAGCGAAGGUUGCUGAUUUUGGGUUUGCUAAGCUGAUACCAGAGGGUGUAAGCCAUCUGACAACAAGGGUUAAAGGCACCCUUGGAUAUUUGGCUCCAGAAUAUGCCAUGUGGGGGAAGGUUUCUGAGAGCUGUGAUGUUUACAGUUUUGGGAUUUUGCUUUUGGAGAUUGUGAGUGCCAAGAAGCCAAUUGAGAAACUUCAAGGCGGAGUGAAAAGAGAUAUAGUUCAGUGGGUUACACCUCAUGUUCAAAAGGGUAACUUCACUCAUAUCGUUGAUUCAAAAUUAAAGGGACGAUUUGAUUUAGAGCAGUUGAAAUCUGUGAUCAUGAUAGCUAUAAGGUGCACAGAAAGUAAUCCAGAAAAAAGGCCUAGCAUGGUAGAGGUCGUGGAGUGGCUCAAGGGUGGCAUUGGGAGGAGAAAAAAAGAGAUUCCAAAUUUAAUUCACACUAAUGAAGAUGAUAAAUAUGAAGAAAACUAUGGAGAGAUUAGAAGAACACAGUCCAAGUUGAAAAUACCAAGUGAUGAUGAUAAACUUAGAAUAAGAUAAA